AUGACUUCUCGAAUCCUGGACUCGCCAAUAACCUGGGAAAUGCUAGAGGCUGAUUUGAAGAGGAAAUACAAAACGGCAGCGCGAACAGGUUCAGGUCGAAGAGCCGAAUUUUUUGCCGGAGGGAUGGGCUUCAUCUCCAAAAUAGCGUUGGUCCAGUUUGAUUGGAGUGAAGAUCGGGAUCGUUUACCGGAAAGUGCUAUAGUCAAGAUUACGGUACAAGACCCUGAUUUUGACUACACCAAACAAACGGCUCUGGGUCGGCCGAGGAAGUUGGACGAGGGUUAUCUUCACAAUAACGAACUGUCAUUCUACAACAAGGCGUCGGACCCCAGGAAAGUGCCCGCCGAUCUGAAAAUUCCAAAAUUUUUCUGUGGACGCGCGCAUGGAGCGGACAACGUUGAAGCUGGCUACAUAGCUCUCGAGCGCAUUAAAGAAACCGUUGGCCGCCAUUUCUACGAUAACGUCUGCCGGACCGGGGCUUUCGAGGCGCUCGACGAGUUGGUGAAGCUCGCGGCUUUUAGCCUAAAUGACCCGGAGAGCCUAGUGGGCUGGCCGGACAAUUCAAAGUCAAUUCCGGCUAACGUUUUGGCCCGCUUUCACGAUGAGGGACCGGGGUUGGUUAAGCUGAUGCUGAGCGCAAAAUUACAGUAUCCAGAGCUGGCUGAUGAAAUGGAUUUGAUGAUCCAAUGGAUACCCCGAUUUUUUGAUGAUUUUGCGAAUUUCACAGAGCUCAGGAACAGCACUUGUCCGGCCCCAAUUUUGUGCCAGGGCGACAUAUGGAACCCGAAUAUUUUAUGGAAACUGGAUGGAAACGGGGCCUACCACGUUGAUAAAGUGAUCGAUUGGCAGUACGUUCACGUCGGAUCAGCCGUCGAAGAUUUGAUACUUUUCCUACACGCUGGGACCUCGGCAGAGGAUAUCGAGGAAAAUCUGUUUGUAUAUCUCAAUUAUUACUACAACGAAUUGGCCUCAAGAUUGAACCCUGGCGCCGUAAUGCCGUGGAAUUCUGUCCAAGAGUUAUUGAAACAAUAUGAAAUUGCGUAUAUUUAUAUGACAAUGCUACUACUUCCAAUAACGAUAAAAAUGUUGAAGCUUGACGAUCUGGCAGGGGGCAAGGAAAAAGCGCAAAGGACGCUCGAUGCGAAAAUUGGGAAACAGGCAAAGGAUACUGCUCGGUUUUUGAAAAGGCAUUUUAUGGAA